GGAGGGGGAGAAGGAGGGGGAGAGACAGGAGCAGAGCAAAGGCAAGUGAGCGGGGGCAGAGCAAAGCGAGCCAUGUGUGCGAGGCAGAAAGGAGACGGGGGUGAGCGCUGGUAAGCGAUCUAAGCGGAGCGCUGGCCGCCCAGAAUGGGACUGUUCGCGGACCGCUGCGGGCUUUCAGUCGGAGGAGUUACGAAUCGCUUCGGCCCCCUCGAGCGCAUCUGCUGAAAGCGGACAGGCGGACGGGGAGGGGGGGCAGGAGAAAAAGAGAGGAAUGGCCGAUCCUCUGCGGAGGACCAUACUAGCAAAACUCCGGGGGAAGAAAUCCAAGAAGGGGAGCGCAGUUGGCGGAUUCAGCCUUUCGGCUAACGGGGGCAGAGAAGGUAAAGACGAACUUUCGCCAAAACGAAAGGAGCAGAAGCAGCGAACAAUAAUUAUACCUGAGUUAAGUGAUAUGCCCGACACUAUGUGGGGUGAGGCGAGCGUUUUUUACGGGGGAUUUAAUAAUAGCGACAUGGGUUUAGUGCGUGAGAAUACAAUGAUUACCAAUGAAGUGUCCCAGUACGGGGCUUUCAUGGACAUUAGCUUCAGACUGGGGAAUGAUCGGGCCGGUGAAAACCUAAGAGUUAAUGAGGAGCUCCUGGGGGUCCGAGAUCAAAGGCAAACUUCGGCAAGGGAGAGCGUCAAAAAUGCGGCGGGGUUUAAUAGGCAGGAGCUUAAUUUCGCCGGACAAGUGCGACCCGAUUGCUUUGGGAGUCGGGGACAGAAUCAGCACGCUGUCCCCGUCCGAAAGUAUUCACUUGGGGACUCUAUAGGAUUUGGGACGUGUGAAAAAUUCACUGAAAACAGUAAAACUGUGCGUGCAGAUGUUAAAGUGACAGGCAGAGACGAAGCUUUUUCGAGGAAUAAAAGCUGUGAAGAUGAUUUACUGAUCCCCUGCCAGGGAAGGGGCUUUAUCGAUGCCUUUGUGGUGAGAAACAAUGCCGGUAUGCGGACAGACGAUGUUAAUAAUGAGACGCAGACCUGUCGGUUUCAGGCUCCUGGGGUGUAUCAGUUUGAUCGUGAUAAAGUAGAGGAACACAUUUUGAUAAGAAAUAUAGAAAGUUACGGGAGUUCACCUGAACCCACCAGGGAGAAUAAAAUAAGUUUUCAAAAUACUGCGUUUUUCCCCACCGAACUGGAGAUAUGCGAUGGGAACGAUCGUCCCCAGUGCGUUAGAGAUGGAGCCCAACGCCAUUCGUUAGACAGCGAAGACGACGAUUACUAUGAUAAUGAAAAUCUGCCUUUUUAUGAAUCUGACUCUCAAAACAUUGAAAUUAACGAUGGAAGAAGUUCUUGUCAGUCUGAAGUCAGAAACUGCGGCAGUGCACUAGAAACUGAUAGACUUACGAUCCAGUUGAAAGAAGCCUACAAUUUACUAAUAAAUGCAAUGCAGGAUAUUCGUUUUGAUUGUCCAGUAGUGGUCAAUGGAUUCGCUGGCCAGACGAGCGCCUCUAGUCACUCUCAGGACAGUGUUUGUUCACAGUCCUCUGCAAAGGUCAUAGAUAGUGACGCAUGGUCUUCCGGAAAAAACAGUCCUCAGCAGCUGUCAGACACAGAUUCUUUAAUACUGAAUUCAGUUAAAACUCACGAGCCGUGUUUCAAGAUUUCCCUAAUCAGCAAGAGCUAUGAGAGCUUCUCAGCUACAGAAACGAGGCCACUUCUUCAGAGGUCUGUAAGUGAUAGCGCAAUCGAGUACCCCGUAAGUCUGUCGUGCACCAAAAGCCUUGCUUCCCAAAUUUGUGUUAUCCGCGACUGUGAGGAAUUGGGCAUGGCGUCUACAAUGGAUGGACAUAAGGAAAAGUCAAUAUGUCAUAGCAGCAGACGUGAUUUAAGCAGGGCCCAGGGGGUCUCCGCUAAGCCCCACGGGGUGACAGUCAACAAGAUGCAGGAAUGGAUGCACAAAGGACGCAUGCUGUCCUCAGAGAUGAGGCAGCGCCUCACGGGUUCGUCCCCCUGUGUCCAUGGUGCCUCUAGUUCACAGUCUGGCCAGGGGUUUUCAAACAGGACAAAAUCCAGCACCCAGACGACCAGAAUGCAAGGCAGAAAAAGAGUACCACAGCAGUCAGCUCUCAUUGAAAAUGUCCACAGCUCCAUCACAGCCACCGUGGAGGUGAGACCGAAUGAGCCUCCGCUAAACACCAUCACUGUGUCCAAGAAACGUAACUGGCUGCAGCAGAGUUCAGUGAAGAGUGCUGCCACUGAGGAUAGCAUGCUGGGAGAGGAGGAUGUAGCCCGGGCGGCUAAAUCUGCUAGCACUUUAUCCGAGGCCCACAGGACAAGCCUCACAGCACCAUCACUGGGCCUCUGCAAACAGCCUUGUCUGCAGCCAGCUCACACCACGGUGAGCCAGGAUGCGAGCACCCCCCAGCCCAGGUCUGUAGACCCAGCUGAGGAGAACGAUGCAGAUGAUGAAGGAGAGAUCUGGUAUAACCCCAUUCCCGAGGAUGAGGAGCUGGACCUGUCCUGUGACCCGGCGGUACGGCCACAGGCACUCCCCGGGUCAGAACCGCAGGUCCCUCGAGGCACACCGAGUGGCGGGGAUGCGGGCAGGAUUCGGGGGCCAUCUCCGACCAGUCCGGAAGGCACAGAGGAGUGGCAGGGUGGCCUGGGAAGUGCGGCGGGUCACAUGAAUGCCGUACAUUCCAGUGAGCCUGCACAGCUGCACAGGCAGAUGUUUGUGUGCAAGGCAUCAGAAGAGAGGCCCACGGCCCGGAUCACAGCUCUAGAUACCACUGAAGGGUCCGGGUCUGGUUUUUCACCUCCGUCAAGCCCCAACCCCACAAAGAAGGGAGGUUCCAUCAACUGGUCUUUCCCAGAAAAGAUCAGGUCUCCACGCACAGUGAGGAAGCUCUCCAUAAGGAUGCGGAAGCUUCCAGAACUGAGCAGGAAGCUGAGUGUGAAGGGAGCCUCCACGGUAAACCAGGCAGAGUCACGACACCCGGGUCCCAAACUGAGCCAUGGCGUAGACCCUAGCCAGUGUCCCCCAUGCCGCCCAUCCAGGGGCGGCCAGACAGCAGCUAGCAGAAACGUCAUUUCCCGCUACCACUUAGACAGCAGUGUUUCCACGCAGAACAACUACAAAAAGAAGAGCAGUCAAGGCUCAAAGUCUGCCAGUAAAGGAGGGUACCUCAGUGAUGGUGACUCCCCGGAGCUGGUAGCCAAGUCGGGGAAACACGGUUGGGAAGGUAAAGGAGGGAAGAGCAAGGAGCCCCCAGCGAGCGGCACCUCGAAGCCGCACGGCUCCGAACUGGACAUUGACGCUUUCCGUCACUAUAGCUUUGUGGAUCAGCCGAAGUGCUCGCAGUACAUCUCAGGCCUUAUGAACCUGCACUUCUACGGGGCCGAGGACCUGAAACCACCCCGCAUGGAUUCUCGAGAAGUCUUCUGUGCCAUCCAAGUGGAUUGUGUCAACAAGGCCCGCACAGCCCUGCUUACCUGCAGAACCACCUUCCUGGACAUGGACCACACCUUCAACAUUGAGCUGGAGAAUGCUCAGCACCUCAAGCUGGUGGUGUUCAGCUGGGAGCCCACUCCACGCAGGAACCGAGCCUGUUGCCACGGCACCGUGGUGCUGCCCACACUCUUCAGGGUCAGCAAGGCCCACCAGCUAGCCGUCAAGCUGGAGCCGCGGGGCAUCAUCUAUGUGAAGCUCAACCUAAUGGAGCAGUGGCAGAACUCACUGGAUGGGCCUGACGACGGUGACCACGAGUCUCAGGUGUUCGGGGUGGAGGUGUGGAAGGUGGUGGAGCGGGAGAAUGUCGGACGCAUGGUACCCGUGCUAAUUGACAAGUGCAUCACAGAGAUCGAGAAGAGGGGGUGUCAGGUGGUGGGUCUCUAUCGCCUCUGUGGUUCGGCAGCGGUGAAGAAGGAGCUGCGUGAGGCCUUUGAGAGGGACAGCCGGCUUGUGGAACUUUCCGAGAACCUGUACCCUGACGUCAAUGUCAUCACAGGUGUUCUAAAGGAUUACCUGCGGGAGUUACCAUACCCCUUGAUAUCCAAGAAUUUGUAUGAAGCUGUUCUUGACUCUGUGGCUAAGAGGCCCCUGCGAAUCGGUGCCAAUGGGAACGAGAAUGACCACACAGACUCUGAGCACACUGUCGGUCUCCUGGAAAUCCUGCCUGAAGUCGAGAAGGCUACCUUACGGAGGCUGCUUGACCAUUUGAAGCUGGUGGCCUCUUACCACGAGGUGAACAAAAUGACCUGCCAGAAUCUGGCCGUGUGCUUCGGUCCGGUGCUUCUCAGCCAGAGGCAAGAGGCAUCCAGCCAUAGCAAGCGGGUUUUCAUUGACUCAGAGGAGCUGGCCAGUGCCCUGCACUUCAAGAAGCACAUCGAGGUGCUGCAUUACCUCCUUCAGCUAUGGCCAGUCAUGGACUCCCAAAGCACAGCGGCCUCUCCGGUGAAGGAGCCCUCAGUCGAGGUGGCUGUCGCCCCCCAGUACUUGCGCAGGCGCAGGGAGCGUCCACAGGUGCUAAAUGUGAGCGAAGAAGAGAUUGCGGGCGUGCUCCGGCCGAAACCUGGCCGCUUGGACAGUCCCAGCAACCGCUAUGCGGGCGACUGGAGCCGCUGUGGAGAGAGCUACCUGCAGCCGCUGAAAGAACCGGUCAGCGAGGAGGUCGACUAUGACGACGUGCCGUCGGAGGAUGUGGAGGACACAGGGGAUCAGCAAGAGAAGCCAGAACAGGCACCUCCAGCAGAAGAGGAGAAAGGCAGACGUCAGGCUGAAGAACAGGGCAAGGAUAGCAGCUCAGUGGAUGUCCAAGCAGAUGUUCCUACCGGUCCCGUUUUUACAACCCAGCAGCACCUAGUCAAAGAACACAGGUACCAGGCGUUUGUGAAGAUCCAGAACUUUACCCCAGUUCUAAGUAACAGGGUCAACCUCAAGGACCUGCAGGAGAGCAUUGACACCCUUAUCGGCAACUUGGAGAGGGAACUGAACAAAAACAGAAUAAGUGUCGGCUAGCAACGUUGCUAACCAGCAAACAAAUGCAUUGAAAUUGCAAGUUAAUGGCUCAGGGCUGGCCAUGACAGUGUUCUAAACUUCAGAGCAAGGGUGUAUCUGGAAGUUCCCUUCUUUUGUAGAACAUUCAUCCUUUGUGGUUUUCGUCUUCUGUUACCGGCACCCUGCAGUGCUUUCUUUUUAACAUUGCGAUCACUCCUCUUCAUCUUCUUCUUAUUAGAAGAAUUCAUUAACCCUAAGGGAUAUUAAAGGUGCCUUCAUUGUUAAAGGUUGUACAGGCUGAGACAUUUUUUUUUUCGAAAGAUGUACAGUUUAACGUAAACUGAUGCACUUAAAAAGCAGUCUUUGGGAGAGCAUGUUUAGAUGUAGUGAUCUUGAAAUAUUGUACAGGAUAAUGAACCUUCAGUACUAGGUUUUGGAGCUCGGCAAAUGACAAAUACCAGGGUACUCAUAAAUUAGUAAGUGUCCACUAGGUGCUCAUACAUACUAUUCUGUUUUAAAAGCUAACGAUACAUAUUCUACAACUAAAUUUUUCUUUAUAUUACUGUACAAAAUAUAGUUUUGUACUAUUUUCUAACUGUAUAUUUUUGAUAUAUCAUAAAAUAUCAGACCAAAUUACUGUUUCUAAAAAAUAAGUUCACAUUUCGUAGAAAAAAUUAUUUUGAUAAAGACCUCAUUUAUAAGAAUUAUAAUAGUAAGCUUGGUACCUAAUGAAUGAAAGUUAUCCAGGGAUAAAGAGUUAUCAGUAUUGUUCAUAAAGAGACAUGCAUACAUCUGGGAUGUACAUUAUUUAACGUUAUUACCAUAAUAUAAUUUCUAUCAUUGGAAUGUUUAUAUAUAUAUUGCUUAAUAAAAAAUACGCCCCUUUAUUUUACUACAUCAAAAAUAGAAAUUUGUACAGUCUAACAUUAUCCUGAACAGUAAUGAGGGUUAUUUUAUGUGUAUAAAAAAAUAUAUCGUGAAGGGACAUCGUGUUUGUAUAAAUUGAGGCAAAUCAGAGAGUUUCGCAUCAUGUCACAUGUGUGUUCUGGAAUAACUUUGAAAUAGAUGUGUAUUACGUAUAUUCAUGUAAAAUAAUUGGCAGCUUUUUUUAUUAUAUAUUCACAAUACCUUCCAGCUCAUCUUAUAGAACGUGUAAGAGCACAUUUCCAAUACACCCUGAUUAAAUAUACGUUCUGCAUAUUUGCGGUGGGGUAUGGUGCGCUCACACCGGUACGGCUGGGCUUUUGCAGGUUUACUCCAGGUAUUCUGCUUUUUAUCGCACAGUACAAAGACAUGCCGUUAGGUGACUCGGUGUCUCUAAAUCGCCUGUACUGCGUGUGCCCUUUUAUGGAUUGCAUCCCAUCAGAAACCAAGCUCUGACCCUGUACUGGACAAAAAGUCAUAAAAGUCAUGGAUAUUUAUACUACGACUACUGGCAUUCCUGUGCUGUGUCCUCUGGAAAUAGUCCUGAUGUAUAAGUGCUGUUUGGUUCUUCUGGUUCAGAGGAGUUUACAAGGAGCACUUCCAUCUGCAAUGUGCCCAUCUGUAGCAAGCAAGCCGCAAGACAUUCAAAGCCAUGGGUCAUGAAGCUACUCCUAGCCAUAGCCCAUGAUUAAGAGCAACUGACCUGUAACUUAACUUCAGUAAGAGAAGCACCGUCACUCUAUUGUGGGUUCCAGCUCAGACUCUGCAUUGUGUAGAUGGAAAGUUUCCCAGUAAAUCUAUAUUACCAGACAUUUGAAUAAAUGUAUGAGUAAAGGUCAUCAUGCAUUCAACCACGCACAUAUCAUGUUACUCUUGCAAGACUCAAAAACUCUAAUUGAGUCAGCAGUGAGAUUAGACGUUAAACCUUAUUCAUGUAUGGAUUUUUAAAAAGACAUUAUAUCAUUUCAAAUUCGUUAUCCUAUUGACGGGUAAUUUUGGUAACGUUGAGUUUUUUUUUUCUUUUCAGAAUUUACAUGUAUUUCUUAAAUGGAAUUUUGACAGUGCAUGAGUGCAUCUGGCAUGUAUCCUGCCUUCAAUUUAUGCUUCUCCGUGAUAGACUAUGGAUUGCUGUACUCCCAUUUUGGAUAAGCAUACAAACUGUGUCAAAUGGCUAAAAUUUUGGUAAUUGAAGUUAAAAGUACAUUCCAUAAAAAUGUGUAUGUAUGUGUAUGUCUUUGCAGUAUGUUGCUGUUUCUUUGACAAUUUCAAUGUAUGUGUAUUUAAAGCUUAUUAAUUACCUUGUAGUAUCACUAUAAGUAAUAGUCUUUCUUAUAAUAUAUUGCUUUGUAUAAAGAUGUAAUAUGUUUUGAAGUUAUAUAUUGAUACUAAAGAAACAUUUCUAGUUGCAAAACAUAAUUACAUAUGGAUGCAUACAGAUGUUACUAUUUUUAUCAUGUUUUAUAUGUUUAUAUAUUUUAAUCACUGUUGAUACGAAGUGGGAAUUUGUGUAUUAUAAUAAUAUUUCAUGAUCAAAAACCUUUCAUCCAAAAUGGAUCAUUUUCAUCCUCUGCUGCCCAGUGUGUGUUUAGAUGUGUUAUUUGAAUUACCUCAGCAGCUUCCCACAAAUGUGGGAAAAAAAUUUACAUCAGCGUAUGGAUUCAUAUUUCAGACACGACGGUUUAACAGCUGUUAAUGUCAUGAACGAAUGAAGCGAGCGUCUGAGUGCAUUUCCCUCUCUACACUGUCUAAAACGUGAGCCGGUUCCACUUCUUACACAAGACCCUUAGCAACUAAUUGUGAAAACCUAACAGCUUUUGCAUUUUUAUGUUUUUAAAUAGCAUGCGUCUAUUCAUGCAUGUACUGUUCCAAAAUUGUUUCAUGUUUUUAAGAUUUCAAAAGACACCUAAAUUUAUGAAGUCAACUAGGACAAAUUGAGACAUUUCUUUGGAGAGAAACGUAAAUUAAAAUGGGGACAUAUAUGCGUUCUGCAAAGUUAUUUUUUGUACAUACAUUGAUUCUCUAUGGUAUUAUCAUCUUCGAUACUCCUUUCUUCUAGGAAUGUACGAUGUCGCUUUGCGAUAUGUGAAAUAUCCACGAGUGAUAUUGUGUUAUUUAUAAAACAAAAUUAAAUGACCAAAAAUAAAUAGCCAAAUAGAACUUA